GAGAUCGCCGCGCAGUGAUGGAGGCGGCGGCGUGACCCGGUGCCGACAUGGACGACGACGAGAACCGCAGUGUUGCGCUGAACCUGUCCUGGCCCGAAGUGGACCUGUUCAUCCGGCUGGAGGACAUCGACGUGCCCGCGGAUGGGAGUCCCGUGCUGAGGACCUUCAUCUGCCUCGUGUACUCGGUGGUGUGCGUGGUGGGUCUCAUCAGCAACCUGCUGGUUCUCUUCCUGAUACGAGUGAAAAAGGAGCGCAAAAAGUCCAAAGUGAACUUCUUCGUGCUGAACCUGGCGCUGACCGACCUGCAGUUCGUGCUGACGCUGCCCUUCUGGGCCGUGGACACGGCACUGGACUUCAGCUGGCCCUUCGGAGCCGCCAUGUGCAAGAUCGUCCUGUCCGUCACCGUCAUGAACAUGUACGCCAGCGUCUUCUUCCUCACCGCCAUGAGCGUGACCCGCUACUGGUCCGUGGCGUCCGCGCUCCGCACUCGGAGCGCGCCGCGCCGCUGCUCAGCCAGGUGGCUGUGCGCCUGCAUCUGGACCGCGGCCACGCUGGCCACUGCGCCCACCUCCUUCUUCUCCACGGUCAGCGACGUCACCGGGGAGAGCCUGUGUCUGCUGCGGUUCCCCGGGGGUCAGUACUGGCUGGCGCUCUAUCACAUCCAGAAAAUCCUGGUGGGCUUCGCCUUGCCCAUGAGCACCGUGUCCAUCAGCUACCUGAUGCUCCUGCGCUUCGUCCGCCGUCGGGGCAUGAAGAACGGGCGGCGGCGGUCGCAGGUGACCCGCUCCGUCACCAUCGUGGUGCUGUCCUUCUUCUGCUGCUGGAUGCCGAACCACGCCAUCACCCUGUGGAGCGUCCUGGUCAAGCUGAACGCAGCGCAGUGGGACCGCGCCUACUACCUGGUCCACACCUACGUGUUCCCCGUCACCGUGUGCCUGGCGCACACCAACAGCUGCCUCAACCCCAUCCUCUACUGCCUGAUGCGGACAGAGUUCCGGGCCAAGUUGAGGGCGCUCAUCCGACGAGCCUGACUUGAUAUGUAAACAUUGUUUACAAUAUAUAGACUGUGGCAGAGACUGGAUCAUCCAUCCAACAGUGACCCGUGUUUAGGCUUAUUACUACCAGCCGCAUCCAGUUGGGAAAAGACAAUGGCAGGCGUUGGUCCCCCAGUGUUCAUGGUUAUCAGCCACAAAUUCAUAAUCCACAUCAGUGUGGAGCUUGUAUUUGUGACCCUUGAUCAUAUGAGUGAUAUGAUCACCCAAGUAUUGAUGAGUUUCGAUACUCUGAUGCAGUCCAACCAUCAGAGUGAACUGAAAUGUAAUGGGGUUUUUUUUUGUAAAUAUAUGCAGUUUCCCCUCAUACUGAUUGAUUUUAACUGGCCAUUCAAUCAUAUGUAAAAUAUUAUUAAGUAUAUAUUUUUUAAAUUUACUGCAUUGUAAAUUCUGUUGCUCAUUCUCACAACUGUUUAUUAAACUCUGAGUGAAUCUGAUCCAUUUGAAAUCAGAGUUGUCCGAAGACAAAGAGAAACUGAGGCCAGCACAAGACUCUUAACACCCCGACAGCCGUGCUUUUGUGUGUCCCUGUGUCCUUCCAGUGUGAGAGUUGUUCUCCCUGUUUUUGUAUGGAAUCCCUUGGGCAUGUCAACACCCCGAAAUUCAAAAACAUUUAUCCUUGUGCCAUUCAAUGGAUUUGCAACCCAUAAACAACUUGGAUGGCCAGGCUCCCCAUCCCUGCCCCUGGUGCUCUUUGGCUGACAGCGGAUUACCAGACAGUGAUGAAGGUGGAGAUCAGCGUGAAGAUGCUCCUUAAAAGGAUCUCUGCACAUCUUUCCCUCCUUCAGUUAAGGGGGAAAAGAUGUGUGAAAAAUGCGGCUGAUGAAAACUCUUGAGUUAAUUUAUCAUUGUAUUUCCUGGUCUUCUGUCGCACCCCAGCGUUGUGAUCUCUGUAAGUCACAGUAGUACACUUGUUGUCUUGUAGUCACUGCGGCUGCUGCUACUUUAACAGUGUUUGUUUUUCACGACCAAAUGAAGACAUUUUCCAUCUCAGUCAGCACGAAUGACUGUGAGUGGGUCCUGAUGUGGCUCAUAAAGAUGCUAUAAUGUGCAGCUGGUAUAUCUCGUGUUCACACACUGGAAACUCACUGUUGAU